AUGGCAUGUACAGAUCAAGAAAGUGAAAUAAUUAAUGGCCCUAAAAUGGCUAAUCCAGCGUUGUUCACCAAAAGAUCUAUGGGACCAACAUUUGCCAGACCUGUCUUGGUUUUAUUCCAGUUGGACAAAUCCAGUGCAAUUGUUUCAAUUGAAGGAACUUCAUUUUUCAAGGACACUAAAAAUUGUGAUAUAGUCUGUGAAUUUCUCCAUAUUCUGGAAUCAUGCACUGAUCCAGGCCUACUGACAUCAACUCUUGUGAACAUCUCUCUGGCAUCACAAGUGGCUUGCACAUUCAAAGUAGGUUUCCCUUUUCGGUUGAUAUACUCAUCUCCAUGGCGAUUUGGUUUCAGGAUCCCUAUAUGUGUACAAUCAAUUACACCAAUUGCUGUCGGAAAUUUAUACAUGCUUUGCCAUAUCCGCUUUGGCCUCCAUCAGUUCAUGGUUGGUAGUUGGAAACUUGAUCCAUUCAUUCGACUGUGCAACUAUGCUGUUCACAACUCUAUCCACAGUCCGAGAUACCGUUGCUUGAAUAAGAUCAAGUUCCUGACCAAUACCUUGUUGAUAUCCAGGGUCACCGAGAAAGCGUAG